AUGCGAAAUACGGUAUUCCACUGGCAAACGGGCACUGUGGCGUUACAAUGCGCACUAAAGGCUGCUGGCAUUACCGCGGGUGAUGAAGUCAUCGUUCCCGCCCUGACAUUCGUGGCGACAGGAACGUCGGUUGUGUGCGUCAAUGCGGUGCCUGUCAUCGUUGACAUCGACCCGCUCACCUACAACAUCGCACCCGAUGCAAUUGAAAAAGCCAUUACGCCACGAACGCGGGCGAUUAUCCCAGUACAUAACGGCGGCUACCCUGCAGACAUGGACGCGAUCAUGGAGAUCGCUGACAAACACAAUCUCAAAGUGAUUGAGGACUGUGCGCAUGCCCACGGUUCACAAUGGCGCGGAAAAGGACUUGGCUCAAUCGGACACCUCGGCGCAUUCAGCUUCCAGAUGGGAAAGACACUUACCUGCGGCGAAGGUGGAAUGGUACUCACAAACGAUGAAACACUCGCAGAAAAUGCGGGUCGCUUCGCGCAGUUGAACAUGCGGAUGACCAACUUCCAAGCGACGCUCUUACUGAAUCAAUUGGAACGGUUUGAAGAGCAGGUAGAGACGCGCGAACGAAAUAUCGCAUACCUCUCCAAGGGCAUGGAGGCGAUAGACGGACUCCACCCGAUCCCGCGCGAUGCGCGCGCCACGCGAUGGUGUUUCUACUAUUGGGAUUUCCGGUUUGUCUCUGAGGAGUUCGGCGGUGUUUCACGCGAUCGGUUCUUAGAAGCACUCCGCGCAGAAGGCGUUCCGUGUGGUGUCGGUGCGCAUGGUGAACCCAUUUACAACGAAGGUCCUUUCGGCAAUCCCGAACUGUUUGAUCAGCUCGGAUUACCGCGCAAAUACCUCGGGGACCAGGCGAUUGACUACAGCACGCUCAAUUGCCCACAGGCAGAACGCGUCUAUAGCGAAGAGGUCUGCAGUUUCGGACAUUCCAUGUUUUUAGGGGAUACGGACGAUAUGCAACAGAUUUUAGAUGCGUUCCAGAAAAUUCGGGCACACGCCGGGACGUUAUAG